CAAACAAACAAACAAACAACCAAGCAACCAAACGGAAACCUAUUGAUCUAUUUUAAAUAUCACUUGGCAAUACUAGACGUCCAGAGAAUAGCCCACCGGGUUGAGUUUGCAUGCCCAGAAGUCAGACUCAACACACAUCUUGAAAGUGCAAGGUUCGCCCAUCGCAGCCAGAGCUUCCCUGCUCGACCCGAAUCGACCACGACAGCCGUCUUUCCUGCUUUGAUCAAACCGGCCUCUGCGAGAUCGUCCCUGGUAUGAAUCAUCCGCUGUAUAGCAUAAGCUCACAACAAGAUUGAUUGUCUGCCCCUUCAAGUUGUUAAACAACCGGCCUUACAAAUUUCGAUUGAAGUCACAUUUCGCUCCAGUUCGGUCUUUCCCGUCUGAUAGCGUUUGACAUCAAUUUUCAAUUUUUCCGAAAAAAAAAGACCCCACCAAAAUCAACCCGAAAGCACCUGAUCAUUACGCCAUCACCCCCAUCCCCUUACAUACCUUGUGGCUCCUCAAGCUCAACUCCUUCAAAUCAACCAUCACCAUUCCACUUAGGAUCUCAAAAGCUGCCAUCGACAUUCCAGCACAUCAGAUCAGACCCUUUUAGUUUAGUUUUUUUUUUCUUUUUCUUUCUUUGAAACCUUUUGUUAUUUCCAUCGUUUCCCUUUCAUUUUACCUCUCCGCUCAACCCUUUCACAUUACCUCUCCUUACCUUGAUCCUCGAUCCUAAGAAACUCUAAAGCAAAACAUAUAUAAAUCAGUAUUUGGAUGGAUUGGAUAGGCCGGAAGUGAUUAUAUCCUACUCUUACCUCAUCAUCAGCCACCCCCAGUCUUACCUUACAAAUCUCCCUAUUAUCUCAUUUUACCCCAUCCUCACAUCCCCCUACUGCCUCAAACAGUAUCUUCGGGAAUUAGUCAAAUUAGUCACAGUGGAAGUGGACCUGUGCCGUCCCCGGAUUUUUGGCCGAUCAACUCAACUUUGAACCCGCCUCCCUCAUACAUAUCGAUCUCUUCUCCAUCCAAAAUAUCAUCCUUCUUAUCACACCGCCCACGAGGGCUCGCUUGUCAUCCUGUUGUAUCCCUGACCAUCGUCCCAAAGACUCUCACAGUCAUUGACUCGAAGCCUCUUGAGCGGAAGUUCGUUUCAAAGGCCGAGUCCAGACUCGAUCUUGGCUAAGUGCAUACAUACAUACCCAGUGCAUCGUCUUUUUAUUCUUUACAACGAUCUAUCAUUGUAAUACCCUAUCUUCGUGCUGUCGCGAGAAAGAUCCGACAAACAACUUUCAAGUCAGCUCCGAUACAACAACAAAAAAUACAAUCCUUUGGUAUUUUUAUAUGUAAAUGUAUACAAGCCACUGCUGCAGCUUUUUUUAGUAGAAGAAUCCGAUUACCAGCCAGUUUGUACAUCAACAACUUCCAAUUAUUAUUACAACAACAACAACAACAACAACCACACUUCAUUAAACAAACUCAAGAUAGUUCACCCUUCAUUCAACCUUUUCCCCACCGUCCAGCUCACCCGUUCCCCCUAUCUUACCCCCUAUCACCAUCUAUCUGUCCUUGUUUCUUUCCUGAAUCCCCAGCGGUAAUCGGUGCGAUUGUACAGCCACCAUCCUAGCUUACUUGCUUUAGCUCCUGGGUAACUUUCUCGGUUUUUUUCUGUCCAACCAUCUCGUCGCACACCCCCUCUUACUCAUCCCUUUUCUCGUACGCUGGAUCUUCCAAUGGUCACUUAUCACGGGAUCAGUCACAGUCACAACACCGCUCAAGAUCUAAAUCAGUCACCCAACCUCAACCAUCCCAUGCAGCAUCCCAAUUCUUUGCACACCAACCUCAACCAGACCCAUACCACCCAUCCAAGCUCGACAAGCUCGACAAACCACAACCACCACCACCACCACCGCAAGUCUAGUAAUGACAACGAUGAAGAAGCAAUAGCACGCAAGAAGAAGAAUGCCGAUGCUCAGGCUGCGUUUCGUCAGCGGAGGCAGACCUACAUCAAGAGCUUGGAGGAUACGGUGUCAGAGCUCAAGGGUGCGGUAACUGAGAUGGAGCACAUUGUUAAGACGACCAGUCAAGAGCUCAAGAAUCAAAAGCAACACCUCGAACAUCUUCAGUCCAAGCUGUCUGCAUACGAGACCGGUGAACUCAAGCCUGGAGCCUUCGAGAACAACCAGCAUUGUAAAUGCUGCAAGUUUGCCCCUCCCGAAUUCAACCCCGCUCUACCCACCCCAACCAAUGGCACUCAUCAAGUCCGAUCGAUAUCCACCCCAACCACCUCUACCAUGGCCAUCAACUCAAACGCUGAUUGUCCAACGCCAUCUGGCCCAUCCAUUGUUACUCCAACGGUCACCGGCCAUGAUAAUUUGACCCGCGAUUGGCCUUCCCGGCAAGGUGUCCCGCCUAUGUUCCCCCCUGAUUCCAGCUCUCGCUCCACUCAUCACAAUUCGACUCAAAAUUCACCUCACGAUGUUCCUCAUCCGACAACAUCCUUGGAUUACCCUCGCAACAUUCUUCAUCAUCAGCAUCACUCCAACUCGUCCAUUCACCAUUCUUCAUACCCUCGGCCUGGCUGUGAUUUAGCUCUUUUCACUCCGUUUGGUGCCGCUGAAAGUCCACCGAUGGCGAACUUUUACUCUUCGACCGAAGCACAUCACGGAUCAUCUUCACAACAGCACCACCCGCUGGGCACUGCGUAUUCAUCACUUGGGCACCCUCAAUCUUUCGAUGCACACCACUCGGGUACUUUGUCGUCCCCUCGCAUGUGGUCACACAACAGUCAGACCAAUCCAUCAACUUAUACUGGCACAGAUCCCAAUCCCGCUGCCAACCUCAAUGGCUCUCCGAAACCUGGGCUAUAUCCGAUCGAUGGCUCACUUGCCGAAGUUGAUUCAUCUGGAUUUCGCUUGCAUCGGGGUAUGGGCGAGCGCUCUAUGAUGCGCCCAGCCGACUACCUCCCCUCACUCGAACUUCGUCCCCUUCCCCAGAGCUAUCCCAUGGUUUCAACUCUUACUUCCCCCAGGGCUGACAGUCUGGGAGUUGUAGGUCCAAAAACUCGAUCAUCAGCUUUGAACAAACGUCGUUGGAAUGAUGACAGAUUUGCUUCACAUCAUGAUAAUCAUGAGUUUGAUGAGGCUCCGAACUCUGGAAAAACUGGUGUCAAGUUGAACGGAAUCCCUGCUAAAGUUGCCCGAUGCGAACAAGUGUGCACAGAAGUUUCGAAGGUUGUUUCUCAGAUGAAAGAAGAAGUAAAAGCUGUAACUACGUCAAAAACUUCCGCAACUCCCUCUACUGCUCAUCAGUCUCUAUCACCGAAUGCCACAUCACCCAAUAGCUUUCCUAGCCCACACAAUGCUUCACAUAACAGUCUCAAGUCACAACGAGUCAAAUUCCACGGACCCCCUUCUCAGCUUGCGUCGUCAACCCCACCACUAGCUGGAUCUCAACUGCAAGUACAGGAAGAGCCACAGACCGAGCAAGACAAUUGCCGAUACCAAUCCAUGAUCAGUAAUUAAUCUGAGGACCCAAUCUGUCAUUGACAUUUACUUACCUCAGCCUUUCUUCUCAUGAGUCAUUGUGUGCUUGAACAAUUGAACAAACUCUUUUUUUGUGCUUUAUUGCUUGUGUAAGAUUUGUUGAAAACAUAGAUUUUCAAAUGUGCUUAUAAGACCCUCAGCUUGUCACUGUUUCCUAACUAUGCAAGUAAUCAAAAUUGGAAAAGCAAAGAUGGACAACAAAUACUGCUGUUGAUUCAAGUUGCUAAGGUGAAUGUAUAC